AUGGAGUCUUUUGUGCCUAAGGACUCGCCUCUGGACGACUACCUCCAAGGGGUGGGUGAAAGUGAGGAGAAAUGGCCAGCGUCGGAAGCGAACGGCGAUAGUGAACACGAUGUCCCGCCCUCUGACUUUGCUCCUCGCGGAGCUUCUCGCUUCCAAAAACGUGUUCGCAACAAGCUCCCAAAGCCCUUGAACCUCCGGCACUCGCCACAUGGGGCGAUUGUCGAGAAACUAUACAGUGCCUGCACGUCUGCCCUAAAUGCACGUAUUGCAAGAGGAGACAAUGAGAGAUUCCUGGAACAAUUCGGAUAUGUCAUCGUCGCCUCCCAGUUAUUGAACGAGCACAGCGCGCCCUCCUACACAUCCGCUGUGGACGUCCUUUCAGCAUCGCAACCGGCCGAACUCCCCUCCCUCUCCACAACUUUCGGCUUGCAAGGCGCCCUUGUCACUGCCGCUACAUCCUUCUCGAUAGUUUGGUCACUACACUGGGGCCGUUCGAAGACUGGAUCUGGGCUCAAUCCACGUAAAGUCGGGAUUUUGCUGGUUUUAGUCCCGGUUCUCGGAGUCUUUUUCUAUGCAUUCGCGAAACGACAAUGGCUGAAGUACUUGCGGCACCAGGCGGUGGAAGCUGCCGGGACUUUUGUGGGCAAUGCUCAGGGAUUUGACUCGGCUGCUUCAGCUUCGGUGGUCUUCAUACAAGAGGUGGAGCUGGUUUCCAGAGGCUACCGGAUAAGUACCCCCUUGCCCCCUAUCAGUCGACUGGAGGACCAGGUGCAAAUCCGACGGUGCUUGCGACUUCGGAGAGCUGUGUCUGAAUGUUUUUGGUCAAUCCUUGAACGCUAUAUUCGGUCGCAAAAUAUAUUACGGCCUCUGACCGAUGAAGCUAACCUAGCCAAAUACUACGAUAUCUACGAUAUCGCACUCGAGGACCUCGAAGCAAUCGAGUCAGCAUUAUCGCAUCGGUCCAUGGAAGACCAGUAUUCGUUGCGGUUUCUGCGCGAAUUGUUUGGAAAACUAUACACUGUGAGAAAGAGUGUUCUAUGCUGCCUCCUGGCGCUCAGUGCCGAUGGAGAUGGAUCUGAUAUCACGAGGUGGAGUGCCGCCGUGGAGGAGAUGCGCGAGCUUGCUGCAGUUACUGGAACUAGCAUGGCCAAGAUGGCCAACAUCUUGAACGAGGAGGAUCGGGACGCCAUCCCGCCGUCGCCGUUACCGUCCGCCUCUCCAAGCAAGGAGCAUAUGCGUGCGCAAUUUCGGCGACUCAACUCCUUAUCUCAGGCCGUUCGUGCCUUGCAUGCCAAAAUGCACAUCAUCAGCGAGGAGUCCAACGCCAAUCUCGAAAAGUCAGAGGCUGGGGAAUUUGAAGCGAAUCUCCUUGUGCAAUACGAUGCCAUCGGUGGCGAUAUCAGGGCUCUACUCCAAGAGUGGGAAUUAGGGAGAGCCGCCAUUGUCAACAAUCCAGGUCGUCUCAGUGCCACAGAUAGCUCCAGGCCCCCAAGUACAGCCUUUCCACUGUCUCCCACCCCUAGUCUUGGCGGUACUACCGCCGUUGAGGGUAGUCCGACCGACGCUCUCAAAGCCCUGAAUGGGGAGAGCCGUCCAGAUUUGACACAUAGCUUCGAUGACGAGGAGAUCUUUGAAGCAGUCGUUCUCCCUGCCUCGCGAAACAAGAGAGCGUCUCUGACAAGAGAUGAGCGUUUGGCACGCGUUCGAGAAGCCCGUGCGAAUAAAGUGGCAGUUCAAGAUAAGGCAAAUGCAAAAACCAAUAUGCUCAAGGAACUGGAGAUGGUCAUCCAGCAAAGACCUCGCAACAAUACCUCAAAACGGGUGACCAUGCUUGAGGCACGAUUGGAACAGGCAAGCCUUCUGAAGCGCGUCGUCGACGCCAUCAAGGACCUUGUCCAGGACUGCAACUUCGACUGCAAUGACUCCGGCAUUGCCCUCCAGGCCAUGGACAACUCGCACGUUGCCCUGGUCUCCAUGCUGCUCCGUGCUGAGGGAUUCUCUCCCUACCGCUGCGACCGUAACAUUGCCCUCGGCAUCAACCUGCUCUCCCUCACCAAGGUCCUGCGGGCUGCCCAGAAUGAAGACAUCUUGACCCUGAAGGCUGAGGACUCGCCGGAUGCUGUUAACCUGAUGUUCGAGAGUGCCGAGACCGACAGGCUAAGUGAGUAUGAUAUCAAGCUCAUGGACAUUGACCAGGAGCACCUGGCCAUCCCCGAGACUGAAUAUGCCGCAACCGUUGAGAUGCCCUCCAUGGAGUUCCAGCGCAUCUGCAGAGAUCUUAACGCUCUCUCCGAGUCCGUCGUCAUUGAGGCCAGCAAGGAGGGUGUCAAGUUCUCCUGCUCCGGUGACAUUGGCAACGGCUCCGUUACCAUCCGCCAGCACACCAACGUCGACAAGCCCGACCAGAACGUUACCAUUGACCUUUCCGAGCCUGUCGCCCUGACCUUCUCCCUCAAGUACCUCGUCAACUUCUGCAAGGCGUCGAACCUGUCCGGCUCCGUAAGGCUGAACCUGUCCCAGGAGGUGCCUCUGCUUGUUGAGUACCCUCUUGGCAGCGGCCACCUGCGGUUCUACCUCGCCCCUAAGAUCGGCGAUGAGGAGUAG